AAAAACACAAAAACACAAAAAAAAAAAUCCUAUUGUCCUUUACUCUUGGCCCGAUAUCUCGCCGUCAUGUCUUCUCAAGCCUCCUCGGACAGCACCUCCGUGACCGCCACCAGUUCUCCGGCAGUCGCCACCGUGGCCCCUCCUGCCCCGCCGGCUAAACCCGAUUUCCACCCGGCGCUUGCUGUUACGAACAUUAGGAAUCACAUUCCUAUUAUGCUUGACGUGGAGACUGAUCGCUAUGGCACCUGGGCGGAGCUUUUCCGCAUCCAUGCCCGUUCUCACCGGGUCCUGCACCACAUUGUCCCUGCUGCAGACAAGCCUCCUCCGUCUGUCACUGACCCUACCUACGAGCUGUGGAUCACUUUGGAUUCCACUGUCCUUCAGUGGAUUUAUGCCACCAUCUCCAUUGACCUCAUGACUACCAUCAUGGAGCCUGACUCCACCGCUCUCACUGCUUGGACUCGUUUGGCUGAUAUUUUCUGGGAUAAUCAGAACGCUCGUGCUGUCACUCUAGAGCAGGAGUUCUCUAAUGUUCGCAUGGAGGCAUUUCCGACCGUCGCCUCCUACUGUCAGCGUCUGAAGACGCUUUCUGACCAGCUCCGUGAUGUCGGUGCUCCUGUGAACAAUCACCGUCUAGUUUUGCAGCUUAUCUCCGGCCUCACUGACGCUUAUAAGGGUGUUGCUACUUUGAUUCGUCAGAGCAAUCCGCUCCCCUCCUUUCAUCAGGCUCGCUCCAUGCUUACCUUGGAGGAAGCUGGUAUGGCUAAGAUGAAACCUGCUGAACCUCCAGCUGCAUAUGUUGCUACUCAGCCGCGUCCUUCCGAUGCCUCUUCUCAGAGUUCCGAUCGUCGGUCCUCCAACCGUUCUCGUUCCCACAGCUCUAAGGGUUGUGGUGGGAAUCGUGGCAACGGUGGUGGAUCCCGCAGUGGCACCUCUCAGGGCUCCUCUCCUCCGAUGCCACCUCGGCCGCAGUACUUUCCUUACCAGCAUUGGGGAUGGGCCCCACCUCCAUGGGCCAUGCCUCCGUGCCCAUACCCUACCUCUCAGUGGACCCGUCCAUCUGCUCCUCCUCAACAGCCUGGCAUUAUGGGCCAGCGACCUCAGGCUUAUGCUGCUUCAGCCUCACCCGUGCCGACUGACAUUGCCACUGCCAUGCACACCAUGACACUUGCUCCUCCGGACAGCACCUGGUACAUGGACACUGGAGCAUCAUCUCAUGUAGCAGCAUCACAAGCGGACAUGGUAUUCCAAUUCAAGGUUCUGGAAACACAAUCCUUCCCACCUCCCAUAAACACAAGCCUUUGA